CGUCUAGUUUAGACCCACAUGGGUGUAACGUGGCACGAUCAGAGUGGGGAACUGUGGAGCCUAGUAAUUGGGGGGAGCUGAAGAUGAGCGUCAUCUUCCCCCACUGGUCACCCUCAUGCACACCUUCCCCCUACAAAACUCUCUGUAAUGCUUACAUGCCUGCUCCAUUCUUGAAACUUGAAAGGGUGAGUUCCAGGAGAAGAAAGAGAGAGAUCUCAUGGAGUAUGAGAGGAUUGAGAAAGCUCAGGCUGGUAUAAUUUCACCAAGUAAACUGCGGAUGAAGCUUAUGGGGCCUCAUAACAAAAAGAAAGAUGGAUCAAACAGCAACUCUGCAAGAACAUCUCCAUCCAGGCUUGAAGAUAAUGAAUUUGUCAAAAACAGCCUUUUAGCCUCUAAAAGUGGAGACUUUGGUGAGGAAGCUCCUGGCAUAGAAGUGGAAACACUUAAAGUUCCCAGUGAGGCACUGAUGGUUUCGGGCCUGGGUGAUCAAACUGUUGGCCCCCCAAGGGAAUUACCACCAAGGGGGAAUGGUGAAGUGGGUCAUAUUAAACUGCAGCAGUACUUAAAAGGUGAAAGUGUUAAUUCUAGUGCAAUUCACCCGAUGAGGUUGCUGGAAGAUGAAAAUCUUGACUAUGAUAGUAAUGCUAGUUCCUCUAGCUUUGAGUUUCAUAAAGGGGAGAGAGCAGGACUUAAUCCCAUGAAGUCAUUCUCAAGACCUAUGUCAUCUAAGUGGAAUGAUGCGGAGAAAUGGAUAGUGAACAGGCAAAAUGUACAAGCUAAUUAUUCUAAGAAGAAUGUUCCACUAAAUCAAGCUAAUCGAUUCCCCAUGACAAAUAUUGUGAGAGUUGCCCCAGAGUCUACAAAUUUUGAUCAUAGAUCAGCAGUUAAUCGGGUAGCUGACACAAAGCGGGUGGAUUUCUGUCAACCUGCUGCACAGAUGGCAUUCGAGAAAUUUUCUUUUGUUCCUGCUGGAGGUCACCCUAUUUUAGGACAAGUUUAUGGAAGGGAUCCCUUAUCUGAUCAGUUUCCUCAAACUAAGGAUUUGAGGGAAGUGGUUCACAGGGAGUUAUCUUGCACACAAAGUUCAACAGAAGAUACAACAGCUGUACCUGCAAUAAGAUCAGUUUGUAUGAGAGAUAUGGGAACUGAAAUGACCCCUGGCACUAGUCAAGAGCCUUCAAGGACUGCUACUCCUGUAGGGGCAACAACCCCAAUCCGGAGCCCAACUUCUUCGAUCCCAUCAACUCCACGAAGAGAGGGACCUGUGCCAACACCUACUGGUGAUGCGUCACAGUAUCCCUUUGAUAAUGGCAAGAAAGAACUUUCAGAGCAAGAAUUGAAGCUCAAAACCAGGAGAGAGAUUGUUGCCCUUGGUGUCCAGCUUGGCAAGAUGAAUAUUGCUGCUUGGGCAAGUAAAGAUGAGCAGGAAAAAAAUAAAUCCUCAGUUGAAACCUCCAAGAUGGAGGAGCUUGAGAGGCAAGAAUAUGACAAGCGUGCAGCUGCAUGGGAAGAAGCUGAAAAGUCUAAGCAUAUGGCAAGGUAUAAGCGUGAAGAGAUCAAAAUCCAAGCAUGGGAGAGUCAGCAGAAAGCACAACUAGAAGCAGAAAUGCGGAGAAUAGAGGCUAAAGUUGAUCAAAUGAGAGCCCAAGCUCAUGCAAAGAUGGUAAAGAAGAUAGCAAUGGCAAGGCAAAGAUCAGAGGAGAAGCGAGCUGCAGCUGAAGCCAGAAAAAACCGAGAUGCAGAAAGAACAGAGGCCCAAGCAGAAUACAUUCGCCAAACCGGAAGGAUGCCAUCAUCCUAUAGCAUGUCCAACUGUUGUGGUUGGUUUUGAUGUUACGAUAUAAAUCAAUGGAUAGAAGUAAGAUCCCUAUACACAUUAGGCUAAAGCAGCAGCUUUUGUACCUUUUUGCUUUGGGCAUCAUUGGUGGUGCCCUUGUUGUAUUCUAUGGAGUGGCCUCAGUUUUCAAGCUGUUUACGUGAAGUGAAUAGCGCAAUUGAUGAAUUAAAUGUCAAUGCCAAUA